CAAAAUCUGCUAAAAAGGAUCAUUCUUUUUCAUUCUUGUCAUAUUUAAUUUUCUUAUCUUUGUAUAAGAUAAAAAACCAAUCCGGUUAAUACUUGCAAGGAUUUAAUACUACUCACAGCCAUAUAGCUUGAAAACUUUGCAGGGGAGAAAGCCCUUUUUCCUGUAAGAAUUUUGCUGCUAUCAUAUGUCUCGUUCUCCCGAGUUCUGAUCAAGGUGCCGGAGAAGAUGGCGCUGGUUUAAAUUUGCUCCUUUUAAUGAAUAAAUGGAGGGGAUUGUAUGAACUGAAUCUGGGCCCUUCAUUGCAUAAUUUCUCGCGAUCUGAUUCUGCAAGCGUUCGAUCCCUGCAUUUCCAAGUGAUGAGAUGUCUUUCAAAAGCAUCGUGCGUGAGCUGAAGGAAAUGAAAGAUGGUAUCGGGAGCAUUUCCCGAAGAGGGUUUGAAGGAAAACACUGGAGAAGCAGAACAAAGUCAUUUGUAGCUCCUGAUGUUGCUCCCUGUCAGCCAAUCGAGCAAGGGCAGUGGGCAAAUUUGCCACCUGAGUUGCUUUUGGACAUAAUUCGAAGAGUGGAAGAAAGUGAAACAGCUUGGCCUGCCAGAACAGUGGUUGUCUUUUGCGCGUCAGUUUGUAGGUCAUGGAGGGAUAUUACCAAAGAAAUAGUUAAAACUCCCGAGGAAUGUGGGAGGCUCACAUUUCCCAUUUCUUUAAAGCAGCCUGGGCCUCGGGAUUCUCCUAUCCAGUGCUUUAUCAAGAGGGAUAGGGCAACCUCUAUAUACCGCCUGUACUUUGGACUCGUUCCAUCUCUCUUUUCUAAGGACAGUAAUGCUAAGGAGCCAACUGUUGGCUCCUUAGCAUUAUUGUCAAAUUUCCUCGGAACAAAAUUCACCAUAUACGACAGCCAUCCCCCAAACCCCGACUCCCCAGCCGCCGCCUUCCGCCAUUCCCGAAGGUUCAGCGCCAGCCAAGUCUCCCCCAAACUACCUGCCUACAAUUACGCAGUGGCAACAGUUUGCUACGAACUCAACGUACUCCGCACGCGCGGGCCCCGCCGCAUGCGCUGCGCAAUGCACUGGAUCCCUACCCCUUCUGACUUCUCUGUGGGGCUCGUGCUUCGUAACAAAGCCCCCAGAUGGCACGAGCAGCUGCAGUGCUGGUGCCUUAACUUCAAGGGCCGCGUGACUGUGGCCUCUGUCAAGAAUUUCCAGCUCGUGGCUGAGGUGGAGCCAGCUGGCGGCGAACAGGAGAAGGUGAUAUUGCAGUUUGGGAAGAUUGGGAAGGACAUGUUUACUAUGGAUUACAGGUAUCCGCUCUCGGCUUUUCAGGCAUUUUCGAUCUGUUUGAGCAGCUUUGACACUAAGCCUGCGUGCGAGUGAUUUUAAUUGGUUUGGGUGAGGUGGUGAAUAUUCUUCUGUGUUUAUUUUUUAUUUAGUCUGGUGGGGAAUGCAGUAUCUUGAAAAAAUGGACUUUAUUUUUUUUUUUGGUUUUAACUUAAUGUAUUGUUAAAUGGCGUUAUCAGUAGUGACAUGGAUAAUUUGUCAUCAUCUGUUUGGUUUGGUUGUUUCAGUUGAGACCCGUUAUAAUGAAAAAUCGCCAUCUAAUUGGUUAGUUCAAGAAUCGUAGGGUAUGGUGUUCUAUUUGCUUGGAUGCAUUAUAGUUGUGUUGAAUUUAGAGAAUGCAUGGACUUGAGAUGUGUUCGAACAUGAGGCCUGCUCUGUUGAGGGAAGUUUUGGCAUACGGAGUUCAUGUGCAUGUGAUGGUUUUUGCUGGUUUGAAGAGAAUUUGGUUCAAAUUGUCUGUUGACAGGGGGAACAUUAGGGUAUGUGACUGUUACUAUACCAUUUGAUUUGUUGUCCUAGGAAAAUUAAAGUACUCUUUGUUAGAUAUGAAGUUCGGUG